AAUCUCACAGCUGUGAAUCCGAAACUGAUAGAGCGGCGUCAAGGUGAAGGGGUUUCAAAAGAGGCGAUAUUAUGGACGUGCAAGCCUUCGCACGGUUGUCAAAGAAAUUGGCUAAGGUGCCAAAGAAGAAGGAGGCCCCCUCGCAGCAGAAGGCUGUGGAUGAAUAUUUCAGGGGGGACGGGGCCCCCAAGACUGCAGAGGGUGAGGGGCCCUCGAAGGAAGUCGCUGCCCUUGACACCAGUGCUGAUGCCGGGGCCCCUCAGGUUGGGGGCCUUAAAAGAAAGAAUGUCGGGAAAGGCGUAAUGCCCCCGGAAACCAAGAAGAAGAAGAGGGCUGAGGGGGGUAAGGAUGCCCCCUUGGUGAUCAUCGAAGAACCUUCCUCUUUCCUCUCUUCGGAGCCCGCUCCACUUGAAGAUCUUGAUGAGGGGCCCUGGCCUCAAGAGACGGUACAGUUUUCUUUCAAGAAGGGAACCGCCAUCAUGCAUGGCACCCUUGACCCGAGGGAGUUCCUGAGGGGUGCCACUCCGCCGCUGGAUCGGGCCACCCUCGGCCGGUUCGACGAUGAGACCCUCGAACUCAAGGCCCUCCAGGCCUCCGUCUCUGCCUCAGUGGCCCUCGGAGAGUACGUCCGGAGGGUAGGGCAGAUGCGCUCGAAGAAGGCGCAGAAUGACGCAGCCCUGGAGAAGCUUAUCCGGGAGAACGCCGAGGCCAUCAGGUACGGCGCUGAGCUGGAAGCAGCCCUCAAGAAAGCCGGGGAGGAACUGAAGGCAACGGAGGAGAGGGCCCGAGCUGAGGGGAAGGCUGAUGCCGAGAGAGCGGCUGCCGAGGCCGCAAAACUGGUCGCUGAGGAAGCCGAGAGGGAAAAGUCUGAGGCCAUCUCCAAGGCAAAGGGGGAAGCGGUCGCCGAAUUCAUGGCCGGAGGGUGGAAGGCAGAAGACCACAAGCAGUGGGCGGCCUCAGUCAUUGAGCAAGGCGUUGACGGCUGGGUGGCAGGCCCCGGAUCCGAAUGGAUGGCGCUGAAGGGCAAAAAUUACUUUGAUGGGGGUGAAUUCUUCACCCAACGCUUGAUCUAUAGGAAGCUUGCCGGCCACUUUGGUAUUGACCCCAGCAAUUUCGACCCCUCGGUCUACGGUCUUCUUCCCCGGCAGCCUGAUGUCCGGAUCCCCCUUCCGGAGGGUGAAGAGAGGCGUCAGCUCGCAGAUUCCGAGUUGAUGAGGGAAUGCGGUCUCGAAGAUGAAGACGAAGUUGAGGACGACGCUACCUCAAAGACGAAGGAGGAUGCAGCUGAAGGGGCCCAAACUUAGUUAUCUGCCUAUGCAUAAAUCUUGUAAUAGUUUAUAGGCUUCGGCUUCGG